AUGGCUUCGGAACUUGAAGUAGAAUGCAUUGGCUGGACGAGAAGACACCAGCACAUUGGCGGCGGGGACGGUGGUGUUCCAUUGCGUACCCAUUCCAUCUCGAUGCCCUAUAUCGACGAUGAACUUCAAAAUCGCUGGUUUGACUUUGCAGGCGACGCCAUCAUUAACACCAAUCGACAUAUCCGAUUGACCAGCAACCGUCAAUCGCAACAAGGUUACUUAUGGUCCAGAUUGCCAUUGACUGCAUCCAAUUUCGAAAUUGAGUUUGAGUUCAAGGUGGGAGGACAAGCAGGUCAUUUGUAUGGCGACGGCUUUGCGAUGUGGCUUACCAAGGAUCGCUUAUCCCCCGGACCUGUCUUUGGCUCGAAGGAUAACUUUAACGGCCUUGGUAUCUUUUUUGAUACCUAUGACAACGAACGUGCUCAUCGUCACACGUUCCCUUAUAUCUCAGCCAUGUUGGGUGAUGGUUUCAAGUCAUAUGACAAUGACAAGGAUGGUAGAACAACUGAAUUUGCUGGAUGUGCGGCCAACUUCCGUUCAAAGAGCUUCCCUACCAAGGCCAAAUUAACAUACUACAAGAACAAUUACAUUCAAUUGGACGUCAUGUGGCGUGAUGAGGAUGAGUGGGAUCAAUGCUUCAAGACUUCGGAUAUCACUCUUCCUGAUAACAUCUACCUUGGAUUUACUGCACAUACUGGUGAAGUGACAGAUAAUCACGAUAUUAUUGGUAUCACCACCAAGACAUUGGUGCCCAAGGCCAAGGAAGUACCUGCAUCUCCUAAAUAUGAAAAGAGCAAGUCAAGCUCUGGUGGUGGUUUCUUCUCAUUCCUCUUCAAGUUGGUCGCUGCAGCUGCUCUUGUUGGAGUCCUCUUUGUAGCAUAUCGCAUGUAUGAUAACAACAACAGAAUGAAGAACUUCUAG